GCCCCCUUACCCGCUGGAGCCCAGAGAGGUGUGGCCGCGGGGCCAAAGGGGCGUCCUGUAUUGGUUUCUGAAGUCCUUCCUGAGUUCUGAGGGUACGAGGUUGAUGAAAACACCCACCUUGCGGUAGUGAACAAUGGCAGCCCCUACUCCAGGCUGCCCUGUAGCCUGACUCCACCGUUCUCCUCCCCUCUGUGUCUUCAUUUUCAGCGUCUGGUAGAGGAAACAGACGUAGGAGCAAAUAGCACAGGAUGGUAAUACAAGAAUAACUGCCUCACCUGUCUCUUUCCUGAGCUUCCUGUCAUACAUCUUGGGCAGGUUGCAGGAGACUAGAUCCUUCGAGACCAUGGGACGACAGUUCUUGUGUUUGCCAACUUAAGCAAGAGGACAAUCGUUAUCUUUAACUGAACAGGCUCUUUGCCAGGAUUACCAUGCUCCAGCCCAGAGUUGAGCAGAGAAGGCUGAUCCAUAAUCUCAACUCUGAUUGGUUGACUGUGGCUAUCUGGUACACUUUGAAAACAGGUGGAAUGCCAAGAAUUAUCCAGAGAGAAUUGCACUCUGCUGCAGGGCAGGAACCAUGGGUGUUUUGUUCAAGGAGGAAUUCCCAACAUCUAGGCAUAGAGCUUGGCAUGGCACACAAGCCUCCUCCCAGGAUGGGCCCAUGUCUGGUUCUGAGGAAGCCUCUCACGGUCCGGGCUACACUCAUCAUUCUGACGCUGGGCCUGACCGCCUCCAUCCUGCUGCAGGCCACUCUCUAUCCCUGGUUUAUGCACACAAUAUCAGAUGUAAAGACCAAUGCCCAGUUGCUGAAAGGCCGUGUGGACAACAUCAGCACCCUGGGUUCUGAGAUCAAGAGGAAUAGAGGUGACGUGGAGGCAAGCAGCAUCCAUGUCCAGACGGUGAAUGCCAGCCUGGAUCAUGUGCGUUCUCAGAUCAGGAAGCUGGAAGCCGGUGUGAAGGAAGCCAAUGCACAGAUCCAGAUGUUAACAAGAAGAUGGGAGGAGGUCAAUGAUUUAAAUGCCCAAAUUCCAGUGUUAAAAAGAGAUCUGGAUAAAGCCAGUUCUUUAAAUGCAAAGGUCCGGGGACUCCAGAGCAGUUUGGAGAACAUCAGCAAAUUGCUCAAACGGCAAAAUGAUAUUCUGCAGAUGAUUUCUCAAGGUUGGAAGUACUUCAAGGAGAAUUUUUAUUACUUUUCUCGAAUCCCAAAGACCUGGUACAGUGCCCAGCAGUUCUGUAUGUCGAGGGAUUCACACCUGACCUCAGUGGCCUCAGAGAGUGAACAGGAGUUUCUGUACAAGGUGGCAGGUGGACUUUUCUACUGGAUUGGCCUGACCAAAGCCGGGAGUGAGGGGGAUUGGUACUGGGUAGAUAAGACUCCAUUUGACAAGGUCCAGAGUGCACGGUUCUGGAUUCCAGGUGAGCCCAACAAUUUUGGGAACAAUGAACACUGUGCCAAUAUAAAGAUGUCCUCACUUCAGUCAUGGAAUGAUGCCUCCUGUGACAACAAGCUCUUUUUCAUCUGUAAACGGCCCUACAUCCCGUCGGAACCAUGACAGGACUGGCCCCAAGCUCGCACACUGGGCUCCAAUGCUUGUUGAACUCGAGAAAAUGCCCCUUUCUUCCAAUUCCGGGGUGACUUUGCACCCUCAUUUUCCUGGCUUCAGGAUUGUCCCAGAGGCAUCCUGGAGUUCACCUGCUUUGGCUGGGAAUUCUCCGACCCCAUAGAGGCAGCUGGAAUGGAAGGGAGAUCUUGGAAAGGGGGAGGAAGGCAGAGAGGGUUUAGAAGUUCCAACAGCCUCAGUAAGGGGGUCAGGACCUUGGGGUUCCCUGUCCCUUCAGAAAAGCCUGUUUUAUCACAUGAAAGUUGCUCCAGACCACCCAAACAAUUCUCCCGAUACCGAUGUUUAGGGCUUUUCCAGUCGAUCCCAUAGAAUUCCCAGUUGCCUGCCUAUGGGGGCCGUGUUCUUCUCAGUGGGAAGAGCUCUGCACUUGGUGACCCUGUCCAGGCCGUGACCCUACUGCCUGCCCUCUCUAUCAUCCACAUCUCCUGAUGUUUGAGCCCCUUCUUCUCUGAGGUGGGGGCAACUGGUGCAGGUCAGGGGCUGACGUGGAAACAAGCCCCCUUUAGAGCUGGAUCAGUAUCCGCGUUCCUUCUUGCUCUGCCUCACAGGCGGACUCCGUGGUCCAGCUCUGUCUGCUGCAGUCCUCCACCCAGCCCAGCCCCUCUGCCUCACCUCCCACACAUCUUCUUCGGGCUGCAUUUCCUCUCUGCCCUUUAGGUACAGAGGAAGAGGUCCUCUGUCCCUAGAGAGUUCACCUGCAAACUUCAUUAGAAUAAAAUACUGCCUGGGUAAACCAUGUUUUACCUCUGUGAGCAUAUUUUAAUCCUGGAUGUACAGGUGAAUGUGCCGGUAAGGCCAUCUGCUCUGCUGGACAUAAAG